AGUUGGCAGUCAAACUUUCAGAGCGACGAGCAGAGGAAAGACAUCGGGAGCAGCACUAGAGUUUCUCACCAACCUACUCCAAAGGAUUUCCUCAACUCAAGGUUACAUUCCUUCUCGGAAGACUUUGUUUGGAUCCUUCUACUUGCUUUUUUUCGGGUAAUCAUGAUGUUUACCGGUUUCAACACGGAGUGCGACUCUUCCUCCCGCUGCAGCACCGCUUCCCCGUCCGGGGAGCAGCUGGGCUACUAUCCUUCCCCAGCCGGAUCUUACUCCAGCAUAGAAUCACCACAGUCUCAGGAUUUCACUGACCUGACAGCAUCAAGUGCCUCCUUCAUCCCCACUGUCACAGCCAUUUCGACAAGCCCGGAUCUGCAGUGGAUGGUACAGCCUUUGAUCUCCUCGGUGGCCCCAUCUCACAGAGCUCACCCCUACAGCCCCAGCCCCGCCUACUCCAGACCGGCCAUGAGGUCUGCAGCAUCCAAGGCUCACGGCAAGAGGGGCAGAGUGGAGCAGGUGACACCUGAGGAGGAAGAGAAGAAGAGAGUUCGCAGAGAGAGGAACAAGCAGGCAGCAGCAAAAUGCCGCAACAGGAGGCGAGAGCUCACAGACACUCUGCAAGCUGAAACUGACCAGCUUGAGGAUGAAAAGUCCAGCCUGCAGAAUGAUAUUGCUAAUCUUCUGAAGGAAAAGGAGAGGCUCGAGUUCAUUCUUGCUGCCCACCAACCCAUCUGCAAAAUCCCCUCCGAGCUGGACUCAGACUUCUCUGUCAUCUCAAUGUCUCCAGCCUGUCUCACAACCGGUGUGUCCACCCAGCCACAGGCCACCAUCCCCCAGGCAUCCACUAUCACUUCCAGCCAGCCAACCUUCACCUCCACUUCCACCUCCACCUCCAACUCCAUCUUCUCCACCGCCACCAUCUCCAACAGCACAGUCAAGAUGACAGACCUGGACUCCUCCGUUCUGGAGGAGUCUCUGGAUCUGCUCACAAAGACUGAGAUGGAGACAGCGCGGUCAGUGCCGGAGGUUGACCUGUCCAACUCCCUCUACACAACUCAGGACUGGGAGGCCCUUCACACCACGGCCACCGCCGCCGACUUCGAGCCCCUGUGCACGCCCGUGGUGACCUGCACACCGGCCUGCACCACCUUCACGUCUUCUUUCGUGUUUACCUUCCCAGAGGCGGAGACCUUCCCCACCUGUGGCGUCGCCCACAGGAGAGGAAGCAACAGCAAUGACCAGUCCUCUGAUUCGCUCAGCUCGCCCACCCUGCUGGCCCUUUAAAGACUCUUCCAUUAAAAAAAAAAAAGCAAAAACACUUCCUAUUAGCACAUUUUCUUGACAUAUGAGAUGUGCAGACCACAGGGCUAUGGAGCGGACUUGUACCAGGAAGCAAAUUAUUUAUGAUUUUAUUUGCCUUUAUCUAUACUUGCCUAUUACACCAAUGUAGCAAGUUAAAAAGCAUGUUUUAACUAAUACCACCUAGUCGUUGUAUGAGUUCAUAAUAUAUGAUUUUAAUGGUGCUAGAUAACAAAAAAAAACUUGUCGUAGUGUUGAUGUGUGUUUCAGAGCAAUAGUUAUUAUUGAUCCAGUUUGUUUUCUGGUUGAUGGAAAGUGAGAGUAAUUGUGAACUUCUUUUUUUUUGUGAAACUUACAAAAACAAAACAAACAAAAAAAACUGAUGUGCUUUGUCCUAACCAUGGUCUGAGUGGUCCUUAUCUUCGGUAUGAAAAGUUUUCUGUGAAAACACCAGUGGUUUUAAUUUAUGAAAUGUUUAUUUUUUUACAGAGAGAGCAAAAGAUGAAAGUUGUUUGUAAGAUGUAUAAACAAUAAUAAAAAAAAAAAAGAUAGUGAUAUUUCAAUUCAA